UGUGUGGCUAUUCUUUCAAUGUAACUGAUACUCUACACACUAAAACCAAUUCAACGUAGGGAUAAAUAGAUUGAAAGAGUCACAAGUCACAUAUGCUCCUUUCACUCUCAGGAGAGAAAAAAAAAAGAACAUGCAUCGUCAAGCAAUGAAAAGCAAUCUUGGUGAUUUGGGUUCAGAUAGAAAAAGGAUUGGUUCAAGAAAUUAUGAUCAACCCAUUUGCCCAAAACCUAUUAGGCUUUCACCUUCCAUACCUGAUUUCCUCAAACCAAUCAGGUGUACCAAACACAGUCAGCAAAACAUUGAUGAAGGGAAUGGAGUACUGAAUAUGAUCAUUGAAAAGAAUGUAGAUGGAAGGGAAUCAAUAUGUAAUGGAUGCUUACCUUGUUGUUACUCUGGCUCGCCGCCGCGCAGAACUGAGAAUCCUUUGGUUCAUGAUGUUGAGUUUCUUCAUCAAAUGGCAGUUGUUUCACCAUUAUUAUCACGAACUAAAUACUCUGAUAAAUUUGGUAUCACCUCUGCUUCUACAAUGUGAAUGAAUCAGGAAAAGAAGGUGAAAGUAGCUUUGUUGAAAGGAAAGAGAUUAUCAUAAAUUUUGCCUAGAGUAGUAGUUAAAUUUUUGUGGAAUUAUUAUUAUAUUCUUUGUAGAGCGUAAUUGGUAAAGUUUAAAAUGUAAAUGUAGAUACAUAUAUGUGAGCUUCAUAGACUCAAAAUACGUCUUUUUGUACAUAACAAAUUUUGUUGUGUAAGCCAAUAUGGCUGGCUAUACUCUUCUGGA